CCCUGGAUGCCCUGUGGGAGCAUCAUUGGUGCCGAGGGUUCAAGUUCUUCCCUGUGAAGCUUUAAGGUAUUAUCCGGAUGAGGGGAUGUGGCCCAGGACUUGUUCAUCUGACCCCAACAUCCUAUGACAAACACCCCAGCUGAUGCUGAUGGUGAGAAAAGAGGGGUUCAUUUUAAAGUCACCGGCCCAGGGGCCCCUGCAAUUUCAGAUGUUCUGGGACUGGAACUCCUCCUCCAACAAACUCUUUGUUUUGAGAAAGGGCAGGGUGGGGCCAGAAAACCUUACAGUGGAGCUAGGAUGGAUGAGAUUUUCUUUUAUUUGAGAUUUUGUCACUUGAGUCCGGUUUCAUGAAACAGCAUGUUGGAAAACAGAGGCUGCGUUAUACCCAGUGGAUUGCGCUGGAAGAGCCGAGAGACCAGGUUGUGGGUCCCUGCCUCGGGCAGCAAGCGGGGGCAAGCCCGGCCGCCCGCAGAGCUACUAGCAGGAAGCCGCUUGCCUGCUGGAGCCCAUCACUUCAACUCCGCCUUUCGGGUCGCUAAUUCCCAGAGUGGUAAUAGAUGGUAAUAACACGGGUGGGGGGAGGGAGGGAGCAGAGGCCGGUCGUGCAGAGGAAAUGAAAGAAAAGAGAUCUGCGAAACUACAUUUGCAAGAGGAGAGUCGAGUCGCCGGAGUUGCAGCGAAACAUCUAGCAGAUGCAAAUAGCCAGGCAGAGGGAGGGGAAGGCGCUGGGCUUAAGCAACCUGCUACGGGGGUUUAAACAAAGGAGGUUUGGAGAGGCGGGAUCAGUCUCCAAUAUCGGCGGGCGGAGAGAGCCAGCCGCUGGACUCUCCCGGGGUGAAACUCAAUAAAUUCACAGCGUCUCCUUCAGGGUGGGAAUGACCGGAGAAUGUACCAAAAUAAGAACUCAGAGAAACGAGUAAGUUUGGGAACAGAGCUGCAGAUUGCACGGACUCCGACGUUGCGCCCUUCCCGGAGGCAUGCCUUCAUCCGUGCGGUACCUCUUUGCCGUUUCUGUGUCCAGUGUCAUCAUCUUCAUCGUGCUCUACGUGUUCAGUUUCGGGGGCGAUCAAAGCUUCCAGAGACUGAAUAUCUCAGACUCUUUGAUGCUGACUCAGGUGUGCGCCUCCUUCAUCAAUGGGAAAACCCCUUUCCUGUGGAGAAACAAACUCAUGAUCCAAGAGAAGCCUUCCUGCAAGGAAUACUUGACCCAAAGCCACUACAUCACAGCCCCUUUAUCUAAAGAAGAAGCUCACUUUCCUUUGGCGUAUAUAAUGGUCGUCCAUCACCAUUUUGAUACCUUCGCGAGGCUCUUCAGGGCUGUUUACAUGCCUCAGAAUAUCUACUGUGUUCAUGUAGAUGAAAAGGCAACAGUUGCAUUUAAAGAAGCGGUGGAACAACUCCUGAGCUGCUUCCCAAACGCUUUUCUGGCUUCCAAGAUGGAGCCAGUGGUCUACGGUGGGAUCUCCAGGCUGCAAGCGGAUCUGAACUGCAUCAAAGAUCUGUCAGCCUCGGAGAUCUCUUGGAAGUACGUCAUCAACACCUGUGGGCAAGAUUUCCCCCUGAAAACCAACAAGGAAAUAGUUCAGUAUCUGAAAGGAUUUAAAGGGAAAAACAUUACCCCAGGAGUGCUGCCCCCGGCACACGCAAUUGGCCGGACUAAGUAUGUCCACCGCGAGCACCUGAGCAAAGAGCUUUCCUAUGUGAUAAGAACAGCGGCGUUGAAGCCGCCUCCCCCCCAUAAUCUCACCAUUUACUUUGGCUCUGCCUAUGUUGCCCUGUCAAGAGAGUUUGCCAAAUUUGUCCUCCAUGACCCUCGGGCUAUCGAUUUGCUUCAGUGGUCCAAGGACACUUUCAGUCCUGAUGAACAUUUCUGGGUGACACUCAACAGAAUUCCAGGUAUGUGAGAUUCCAUGUUUCUCGCCAAAGA